GAACGAAAUGAGCUGCCCCAGAGCCGCUACAAAAUGCUGGAUGGACACCUUCUCCUGGGAUGGUUAUCAUUUACCAUUAUAGUGCAUCUAAUCAGCUUGCCUGGACCGAGCACAGCUUACUUCGGGCUAACAGGUAAUGAACCCCUGUCCAUUUUGCCACUGAGCUCACAGCCAGACGAAAGGGCGGGCAAGGCACACUACAAGCUGUGUGAUCGACUCAAACUGGAGAAGAAACAGCGCAGAAUGUGCAGACGGGACCCUGGCGUGGCUGAGACUCUAAUGGAGGCCAUCAGCAUGAGUGCCUUAGAGUGCCAAUAUCAGUUUCGCUUUGAGAGAUGGAACUGCACCUUAGAGGGCCGCUACAGGGCUAACAUUUUAAAGAGAGGCUUCAAGGAGACGGCAUUCCUCUAUGCCAUCUCUUCAGCAGGCCUGACCCACGCCAUGGCCAAAGCCUGCAGCGCUGGCCGCAUGGAGCGCUGCACCUGUGACGAGGCUCCUGACCUGGAGAACCGCAAGGCUUGGCAGUGGGGAGGCUGUGGAGACAACCUCAAGUACAGCAACAAAUUUGUCAAAGACUUCCUGGGUAAGAGGUCCAACAAGGAUCUCCGCGCCCGGAUAGAUAUGCACAACAACAAUGUAGGGAUAAAGGUGAUCAAGGCGGGGGUGGAGACCACCUGUAAGUGUCAUGGAGUUUCGGGCUCGUGUACCGUGCAAACAUGCUGGAGGCAGCUGGCACCCUUCCACGAAAUCGGCAAGCAGCUCAAGCAGCGCUACGAGACUUCAAUCAGAGUGGUCAGCUCCACCAAUGAGGCGACUGGGGAGGGGGAGAUCUCCCAGACCCGAUCCCAAGGGCAGCAGCCCCCUCCGGGCCCUCGACCGGACCUCAUUCCCCGCACCCUUGACCUACUUCACAUCGAGGACUCGCCUAGUUUUUGCAGGCCUAGCAAGUAUUCAGCAGGCACCAUGGCCCGCAAAUGCUACAAGGAUAAGAACUGUGAGGCCAUCUGCUGCGGCAGGGGCCACAACACUCAGAGCCGGGUGGUGACGAGACCGUGUCAGUGCCAGGUGCGCUGGUGCUGCUAUGUUGAAUGCAAACAGUGCACACAAAGAGAAGAAGUUUACACCUGUAAGGGGUAAAAACUGUCACGACCAUGCAGAAUAUCUCUCACCAGUCUGAGAACAGUGAAUGAGUGGAAGGCAAAAAGAGAGGAUAAGUGACAAGUUGUCCUGGUUUGGAGAAAGGUCUCAAAGACAUCAAACUAGUUGAAAGCACUUUUUUGAGAGGUUUUGCAGGGCAUUUUUUCUGUUUUCCAUGUGGAGCAGCGUGAAAGCUGUAUAAUAUACCAAGCCUAAGGGAAUGGUCUACAGCUUUGAGAGACACCUUGGAACUAGAUUAAACAUUUCACGGAGUAAUUCGUCUGCCAAGAUAUCAAUCAACAGUGAAGUCCAGUCUUGGACAGACAAUCGUUUGCCCAAUGAUUUGACAGUCUCUGAAUAAUAGCUUCAAGCCGUAUGUGUAAGAGUAUGUGACUUAAUUCCAACUUGCAGACAGAAUUUGCAGUGAAAAAUAAUGGCGUCAGAUUUAUUCUACAUGCACAUGUAUCCUACACCCACACAAGAGUGUGUAUGCAUAUGUACAUAGAUAAAAUUACAUUAUAAUUCUAUUAUAUACACCACUUAUCUGAGUAUGUUAAAUAACCACUAACCACACAAAUGUUUUAUUGUUUGUGUGCUUGCAUUCACUUUGUGUUGUAAUUCUCGACAAGGCCCUUAGGAAAGCAAUACUUUGAUUUGUGUUUUUCUGUUGAUAUAAUUUAUGGAACAUCUCAAGGAACGGUCCUUGCAUGGAAGGAAAAUGUGCAUUUACUUCCUUUUUGUUUUGUUUUUUUAUUUUAUUAAUUUCUUUUUGUUUGACAGUGGAAAUCUUUGCCAGUCUAUUUAAGAUUUAACUCGGCCUUAAACAAACUCUACAAAUGACUGUUCAGGGAACAAGUGAAACCACUAUGCGCCAUUGGAUGGUAAAGAAAUCUCAGAGAUAACGCAAGGAGCUUAGUCUCUGUGAUUUAGGCUUCCACUUGAUGACAGAUCUGUCCAUCUAGCUGCUGAUUCAUUGCUGUAAUCGUUGCAGCAGUGCUUUUCAGGACAAUGCUGGUUAAAUAUGAAAUAUGCCAUGGUUCAUGGCCACUUUAUGUUCUGUCAGUUUCACAGACAGCAGGAGGGUGCAAAUAAGAGUUGAGAAUGAACAUGACAGCAAAUGUGAGAUCCAAAUUUGCAUUGGAACGAAAAAAUUUUCCCCCUUUUUUCAUUGUAUUUCCAAGGGGGAAAUAAUCAACCUCAGAGCUAAUCUAAUACAUUUUCCAGCAGAUAUUGAUGUUGGAAAAUUAAGGUGAACGUUUUUUAUAUUCAAGUGCGGAUGAUGUAUUGCUUGACUGUGGUUCUCUCUUGUCACAUUGUUAACUUUUACUAAGAAAGUUUUGCUGAAUAACUACAUUGGACAAAUGCCCAUGCAUGUUAAUGAACAAUGAUCAUUUCAUCGAAUCUAUUCACAAUUGUGGAGAGGCUGGACAUGGCAUAUUUUUGUAUGACUAUAUGGGCGAAGAAGUCCAUAUACUGUAUCUAUAUUGUAAACUAUAAACACUGAAAUUCCAUAGUUUUGAAAAUUAUUUAAUAUAACAGCUGGCAUGGAGAAUGCCGCCGUGUGACCAAAUGACAGGAUCUAAGUUUCUGAU